AGUCGAUUAUUCUUCGAUUAUAAGAAAUAAUUAUUUGUAAUUGAUCAGUUUUUUGCAAUGUUACGUUUACAACUACGCAAUUGUAGAAUCGACCUUUAUAAAUAUUAUGUUUGAAUGUUUAUAUACAUUUAUUUAUAAAAACCUCUGAAUAUGGAUCCAAUGAAGAAAAGAUACAAGCUUAUGUUGGAUCCUCAAUAUCGAGAAGAUUGGACAUGCUUAAAAACUCAUCAAUCUUGGAUGAAAAUGAAAACAGAAAUGAAUGUUGCAAAAAAUCUCUAUAAAAAUACCGAACAUUCAAUACAGGAUUUCUCCGACAUUAGUGACGAUAACGCAUUAUUGGAAACAAUUUCCGUUGUGAAUACAUUUGAUGACACGUACAGUACGCAUCAUACAGACGAAGAAAAUUGUUUCACCGAAGAUACUUAUAGUGACGGCAGUUUUACAGAUGAAGGGAAUAUCGAAUAUGAUACGGAUGAAGAUAGUGUCAUGCAUGAUGCAAAUGAAGUACAUGACUCGGAACACGAAGAGCUCCCAGAUAACGAAAAUAAUGAUGAUAACUCAAUUAUGUUCGAAACAUCUGCACUAACAAUUUCGGAUGUUAUGUUAAUGAUUACGGCAAUUUGUGUCCGGUUUAAUUUAUCAUAUGAAAUAAGAAAAGCAAUCGUUGAUUUAAUAAAAUGUUUAGCUGGACCGCAAUUUAAAACUUGGUCUAUGAGUAAAUAUACAUUAAAGAAGAAAUACGAUCCACCAAAAAAUGUAUUGAGUUAUACCUUUUUUUGUAACUUAUGUAAAGCACUUUUGUUAGGACCAAUAUCAAAAUUAGAUUUUAAAAAUCAAUUUGUAUCUUGCAAAGAAUGCCAGCAAAAACAUAAAUUGACAAUGCAAUCUCAAUAUAAAUUUGUGUAUAUUGAUUUACAAUUUCAAUUAAAAAAACUAUUAAGUAACUCUUUCAUUCAACAGUCUGUAAUUGAAUAUAUACACCAUUGCGCUGAGAAGAGAAAUGCAGAUGGUAACGUGACAUUAAAUGAUAUAUCGGAUAGUGUGCUGUAUAAAAGUUUGUCUUCAAAAUAUUCAGGCGGAUCGGAUUAUCUUCUUACAUACAAUUUUAACACAGACGGUAUGCCUAUUUUUAAUAGUUCAAAAAAAAGUAGUUGGCCGCUUCUGUUAAUUUUAAAUGAAAUGCCACCAUCUUUACGAUUCAAACAUGUAUUGUUAUGUGCUUUAUGGAUAGGGGAUAAAGAGCCAACUCCAACUAUGAUGAAUAUGUUUCUAAAACAGUUCGUUGAACAAGCUAUGCAAUUGUUUGAAAAAGGUAUUACAAUCCAAAAUAAGCAAAGUCUUAUUACAUUUAAAUUAUUGCCAAUGUGCUGUGUUGUCGAUUCUGUAGCACGACCUAUUGUUCAAAAUAGAUUACAGUACAAUGGCUAUUAUGGUUGUUCAUGGUGUUAUGCUCGCGGAAAAUAUUUGCACGGAACUGUCCGCUAUUUAUUUAACGAAUCUAGUAAUCUUCGGACUCACGAAACACACAUGAUUGAUGUUCGGGAAGCUACAGAAUUUAAUAAAUGUGUCAGAGGUGUGAAGGGUAAUGCCAUUUUAUUGCAAUUACCACAAUUCAAUGCGGUAUGGGGAUUUUCCUAUGAAUUUAUGCAUGGAACUUUAUUAGGAGUGUAUAAACAAAUUGGAGACAGUUUUACUUGUAAAGACUCUCCAAUAUAUUUAACUGCAAUUCAACGGAAAGAAGUUAACACUCGAUUAACAAACAUAACUCCGAUAAAAAAAAUACAACGAUUACCGAGACCUUUGACUGAUAGAUGCAAAUGGAAAGCUUCCGAAUGGCUUUCAUGGGGAUUAUUUUACUGUCUUCCUUGUUUAAGUGGUAUAAUACGAGAUAAUCUUCUAGAACAUCUAGCGCUACUAGUAGGUACUUUAUUUUUACUGCUACAGAACAAUCUUAGUGAAAAUGAUCUGCGGAAAUGCGAAAUAGAUUUACUACGCUUCGUUGCAGAAUUUCAGAUUUUAUACGGAGAAAAAUGUGUAACAUUUAAUAUUCACAGUCUAUUGCAUAUUGUGCAGUCAAUUAAAAUGGUUGGGCCAUUAUGGGCGAAUUCUGCUUUCGUAUUUGAAAGUACUAAUUACGAUCUUAAACAAAAAGUGAGUGGACCAAAGAGCGUUGACAAUCAAAUUUGCACAAGAUAUCUGCAAAAGAAUUUAUUCAAGUGGCAAGCAGAUAGUAUUUAUGAAAAUUUUGAAAUUUGCGGACAAUAUUACAAAUAUUUAUUUGCGAAUCGUAUGCAUUCUGCUUCAGUUAAAAUUGUUGACGAAACAGUUUUGCUCGGUAAUGGUCAACCAAUUGAUAAUGGCUUUAUGUAUCAACGAUGCAUUUAUAAAGGUGAAUUGUAUCACACUACUAGUUAUAGACCAGAAAAAAAAACCAAUGAUUCUAUUGUACAAUUAAUUAAUAAUGAAAGUGCUCAAAUAAUAGCAAUUAUUAACAUUAAUGAUCAGUGUUACAUUGAUGUUAAAAAAAUAAAUACGGAAAAUGCAUUUCAUACGCCUCAUAUAUAUAAAGUAAUAAGUUAUGGGGAACGCAACAUAAGAAUUCCUGUAUCAAAUAUAAAAGCAAAAAUGUUAAUAAUCAAACAUACUGCUUUUACAUAUGUUUGUCGAAUUCCUAAUAUAUUUAACAUGUAAAUGUUAAUAAUUCUUAAUAAUUAUUAUAUCUGUUAAUCGCACUAUCAUAACUAUUAUAUCUUAAUAAUAUCUAUUAAUUGCAAUAAUACACAUUGGGAGCUUUCCAGAGACACAAAUUGACACAGCAGAAAUUUUGUCCUUGUCUCAAACUAAAUAUCAAACAAAGACAGAAAUACUGCUGUGUCAAUUUGUGUCACUUGCUGGAAAACUCCCAUUAUAGUCAUUGUACUGUAAUUUAAAAAUUAAAUGGAUAUUAAAGUAUGAUAAUGUUGGUGUACGAAAUUUUUAGUUUGUACGUCUAACAUGUAUGUGUGAAUAUGCAUAUUACAUAUUCCAAUAUAUAUAACUAUGUAAUAAAAUAUAUUAUUUAAUUAACUAAUGUAUAAUAUGGACUGUAUGGCAUAAAUAAAUUAAAUGUAAGAAAUUAAUAUUUCAUUUAAUAUCACAUAUAAUAUUUAAAUUUGUUAUUAUGUACAAAAACCCUUUGUAUAUAUGUAUAUAAUACAUAGCAAUAAAUGUUAAUAAUGUAUAAUAAGUGAGUUAUAUUCUUUCUUUUCCAUUAUAUGUGUAUAUACGAAUAUGCAUAUAUAUGUAUAACAUGAGAAAAGAAAGUGGAUGCAUUCAGUAGCACAACCGCUCACUGAGCGGCUAAGUAGCAAUUGAAGAUGAUUAGAUCUUAA